AUGGUGAGAACAAAAGCUGAUCGUGUUCCUACAAAAGCUGUUGGUAGCAAAGCACCACAUAAAUCUGUAAAAAACACACCUGUUAAGGAAACAAGUAAAACUAAAGGAAAGAGUUAUUCAGGUGGUAAUCCAUAUCAUCCAAGACAAACUCCAGAGUGGCAAAAGCCUAUCACAUGUUUUCUUAAUCAAAAUUCUUUGAAUGAAUCUUCUGAUAUUUCAGAAAUUCAGGAAAAUAGUGGUGAAGGUCCUAGCAAAGAAGGAGAACAUGAGUCGAAUUAAAAAUGUGCAACGACAAUGUUGUUAAAUUAUU